GAUCGGCAACUCCCGGUAGAUGCGGAAGGGGAGCCGAGCAGAAGCAUUUGAGGUUAGAGCUACUUGUCUGCAUCGAGGAAGGUGUAGACGGUUUUGUUUUUCCCCACCCCGUCAAUUUCAUUUUAUUCUUUUGAAGAUUCUUCGUUGUCAAGCCGCCAAAGUGGAGAGUGCGAUUGCAGAAGGGGGUGCUUCUCGUUUCAGUGCUUCUUCAGGCGGAGGAGGUGGUAGGGGUGCACCUCAGCACUAUCCCAAGACUGCCAGCAACAGCGAGUUCCUGGGGAAAACCCCAGGGCAAAACGCUCAGAAAUGGAUUCCUUCACGAAGCACUAGACGAGAUGACGACUCCGCAAAUGACAAAGAACGACAUGAUGCAAUCUUCAGGAAAGUAAGAGGCAUACUAAAUAAGCUUACUCCUGAAAAGUUUGACAAGCUAUGCCUUGAGCUCCUCAAUGUGGGUGUAGAAUCUAAGCUUAUCCUAAAAGGGGUCAUACUGCUGAUCGUAGACAAAGCCCUUGAAGAGCCGAAGUAUAGCUCACUGUAUGCUCAACUAUGUCUGCGACUGGCGGAGGAUGCACCCAACUUUGAUGGCCCAUCAGCAGAGAGUCAUCCAGGGCAGAAGCAAAGCACAACAUUCAGACGCCUCCUAAUAUCUAAACUUCAAGAUGAAUUUGAAAACCGAACCAGAAAUGUUGAUAUCUAUGAUAAGCACGAUGGUCCCCUCCUCCCUGAGGAGGAGGAACAGAGAGCCAUUGCCAAGAUCAAGAUGCUGGGGAACAUCAAAUUCAUUGGAGAACUUGGCAAGCUUGAUCUUAUUCAUGAAUCUAUCCUUCAUAAGUGCAUCAAAACACUUUUGGAAAAGAAGAAGAGAGUCCAACUCAAAGAUAUGGGGGAGGAUUUGGAGUGCCUCUGUCAGAUAAUGAGGACAGUGGGACCUAGAUUAGACCAUGCAAAAGCCAAGUCCUUAAUGGAUCAGUACUUUGCCCGUAUGCGCUCCUUGAUGUCAAGUAAGGAAUUGCCAGCAAGGAUUCGUUUCCUGCUGCAGGAUACUGUGGAGUUGAGAGAACACAACUGGGUUCCUCGCAAAGCUUUUCUUGACAAUGGACCAAAGACUAUCAAUCAAAUCCGUCAAGAUGCAGUAAAAGAUCUGGGAGUUUUUAUUCCUGCUCCUAUGUCUCAAGGGAUGAGAAGCGACUUCUUUCUGGAGGGACCCUUUAUGCCACCCAGGAUGAAACUUGACAGGGACCCACUCGGAGGGCUUGCUGAUAUGUUUGGACAAAUGCCAGGUAGUGGAAUUGGUACUGGUCCAGGGGUUAUUCAGGAUAGAUUUUCACCCACCAUGGGACGCCAUCGUUCAAACCAACUUUUCAAUGGCCAUGGGGGUCACCUCAUGCCUUCUGCUCAAUCCCAGUUUGGAGAACUAGGCAAAUCUUUUCUGAAAAGUCAGGGGCAAAGCCAGCUCUACCAUAACCAGAAUCAGGGACUCUUAUCCCAGCAACAAGGACAGUCGAAGGAUAUGCCACCUCGGUUUUCUAAGAAAGGACAGCUUAAUGCAGAUGAGAUUAGCCUGAGACCUGCUCAGUCUUUUCUAAUGAAUAAAAACCAAGUGCCAAAGCUUCAGCCCCAGAUAACUAUGAUUCCUCCCAGUGCUCAACCACCACGCACUCAAACUCCACCUUUGGGACAGCCUCCUCAACUUGGUCUUAAAACAAAUCCACCACUUAUACAAGAGAAGCCUGCAAAGACCACCAAGAAACCACCUCCUUCUAAAGAAGAGCUACUUAAACAAACUGAAGCGGUCGUGACUGAGUAUCUGAACAAUGGAAAUGCAAAUGAUGCUGUCAAUACUGUGAGAGAAAUGAGGGCUCCAAAACACUUCAUUCCUGAAAUGUUGAGCAAAGUAAUAAUUCAAUCUCUAGAUAGAUCAGAUGAAGACAAAGAGAAAGCAAGUACUUUGAUCAGCUUGCUCAAACAGGAGGGAAUAGCCACAAGUGACAACUUCAUGCAGGCAUUCCUGAAUGUAUUGGACCAGUGCCCCAAACUGGAGGUGGACAUCCCAUUGGUGAAAUCCUACUUAGCACAGUUUGCAGCCCGUGCCAUUAUUUCAGAACUGGUGAGCAUUUCCGAACUGGCUCAACCGCUGGAAAGUGGCACCCAUUUCCCUCUCUUCCUGCUUUGCCUUCAGCAGUUAGCUAAAUUACAAGAUCGGGAAUGGCUAACAGAAUUGUUCCAACAAAGCAAAGUGAACAUGCAGAAAAUGCUACCAGAAAUUGACCAGAACAAGGACCGCAUGCUGGAGAUCUUGGAAGGGAAGGGGCUUAGCUUCUUGUUCCCACUUCUGAAACUGGAGAAGGAACUGCUAAAGCAAAUAAAAUCGGAUCCAUCCCCUCAAGCCAUCUAUAAAUGGAUUAAAGAUAACAUUUCACCCAAACUUCAUGUAGAUAAGGGAUUUGUGAAUAUAUUGAUGACCAGUUUCUUGCAGUAUAUUUCUAGUGAAGUAAACCCACCUAGUGACGAAUCGGAUUCUUCAUCUGCUCCCUCUAAAGAGCAGCUAGAGCAGGAGAAACAACUGCUUCUUUCCUUCAAGCCAGUAAUGCAGAAGUUCCUCCAUGACCAUGUUGAUCUGCAAGUGAGUGCUUUAUAUGCACUCCAGGUGCACUGCUACAACAACAACUUUCCAAAAGGCAUGUUACUGCGCUUCUUUGUUCAUUUCUAUGACAUGGAAAUCAUUGAAGAAGAAGCUUUCUUGGCAUGGAAAGAAGAUAUUACUCAAGAGUUUCCAGGGAAAGGCAAAGCCUUAUUCCAGGUAAACCAAUGGCUAACCUGGCUGGAAACUGCUGAAGAAGAAGAAUCUGAGGAAGAAGCUGACUAAAGAACCAGCCAAAGCCUUAAAUUGUGCAAACAUACUGUUGCUAUGAUGUAACUGCAUUUGACCUAACCACUGCGAAAUUUCAUUCCGCUGUAAUGUUUCACAAUAUUUAAAGCAGAAGUGUGUCAAUAGGAUAUCCUCUGCAAAAGGUUUUUGUAGUAUGUCUUAAUAGUCUACAAUAAAAAUAUUUUAGAGUAUCUUUAAUGUUUAGAUAACAGUGUAUUAGCAGCAUGCAAUAAUACAUCAUAAGUUCUCGAGCAGGAGCAGUCUGUUGCAGGGGUCUUCUUUGCCACCAGUUAUCAUAGGCUGUUUUUAAGUUAGAAAACUGAAUAGCAACACUGAAUACUGUAGAAAUGCACUUUGCUCAGUGUAAUACUUGAGUUGUUGCAAUAUUGAUUAUCCAUUUGGUUGUUACAGAGAAUCCUUAACUGUAAUCGAUGGUUGUUGCCGUAAUAGUAUAUUGCCUGUAUUUCUACCUCUAGUAAUGGGCUUUAUGUGCUAGGUUUUAAUAUCCUUGAGCCUGGGCAAGUGCACAAGUCUUUUUAAAAGAAACCGUUUACUUGCACAAAAACUGAUCAGCUGAAGAGAUGGUUCAAUGCCCUUUGGGAGAGGUUUUUGUGGGUGUGAA